CCGAAGCUAUCGAGUAUUGCUGCACAGUCCAGCGAGAGAUUUUUCUACAUUGCCACUUGUUCCCUAUUCCUGCAAGACCAAUCAGAUUGCCGGAUUAUGCCUGAUUCGCGCUGUCGUCUGACUGUUUUUGACUCGACUCGAAUUGUCUACUGCGCUCGGGUCGUUUCGGCCUACUUGGUCCUGUGCAAUGUAUCUCACUGUUUUGUGCACACACAAGAGUGACUCAUACGAUUAGACCCCAAUUGUAAGCGCGCUUCCGCUCGCCAAAAAUGCCAUGCAUUCGCCUACUAGUACACAACACUGUGUGCUGUAUAUUGAACUGUGUACAUUUGCGCCUGCUGUUACCAUGUCGUGUACUGUAUGUACUGUAGAUGGUCUAUUAUAAGACUAUGUGUAUAUUCUACAGGGGGGUAGUCGGCCGGUUGCUAGCAGUAUGGACGACAGUGACGAUGAAUUUGAUCAGAUUGUCACUCCGGACAAUGAACUGGACAAGGCCUACCAGUGCUACCAAGAGGUGAAGUACAUCUCGGCAAUGACCGACGAGUUUGGCGUGGACGACGAACUCCGCUCCAACGAGGAGCUAUACAGUGGGACGUUUGAGAGGUUGAUGGGCAUCGGGUGCUCCGUGUCGGCCGAGGAGGAGCAGACCGAGUCUGCAGCUCUGUUUGAAGCUGCCUGUGCUGAGAAGAUACAGCAGUUUGAUGACUCUGAGAGUGACGAAGAGGAGUCCAGCACAUGGGCAGACAGGGAAGUCACAUUUACCUCUCCAAUGGAUAGACAAAGCAGUAUGAGCAGCGACGAGGACGAAGGCACCAACAGACAGAGGGAGUUUCAGACCAGUUUCGAGGAGGAGGCGAGCAAGUCUCCCCAGCAGAACAGGCUCGGUGCCACCGCCACUCCUGCUGUCCUCUCCCAGAUCACAGGGAAGGCCGGCGACGAUAGUAACAUGAUGGACAUCAGCAGCCCGUACAGCGACUUGGCGUCGUGGCAGAGCCCGGACGACCUCUCAGGAGUGACCCCCAUGGACACAGGGCGGGGAGAGUGGACAACAGUCAGCGAGAGCCGUACAGACACCACCCCUAGUCCUCCACAGGGCAACUGGGCCGACUUCUCCUCCUUCCCCACCCACAACAACCAGAGCCCUCAAGCUCAGAAAGGAUUAGAGAACUCAUCGGUACACGGAGCAGUGGCAGGAGCUGGAGCAGGCAGUCCUGGGGGAGACUCAGACAACGUCCUCUCUCCUCCAAGACACGACACGUCUCAGUACAGGUCUGCAGGCGUCUGUUGUAAACUAGUUUGUAACAAACAACCGCCCGGGCCUCAUUUCGUGUCAGAGUUACAGCCUUCCUUCUUAUUGUAUGUACGUGUAGAUUAUGUAAGCUAAAUUGCCUCCAUUACCUAGUCAAUUUGUUGUUGUUUACAAGCAUGCAUUGUUGUUUUAAUCCUGGAUAUACUGUAGUGUGUGCUCACAGUUUCUCUUUGCCCUUGUGAGAGAUUCGGUAGCGGGAGUGGUCGAGAGAGAGAAGGCUUUCGUGUACACUCAUCAGAGCUGUUUGCAAAACUUGGGUGGAAAUUAUUGUACAGCCUAUUAACUAGUUUAGCAAUUAUAGCAUUGAAUUAGUAUCCGCGAAAUGCAUAGUCUGUGAAGUUUUCACUCUUGGAGUGUUUUCCCCUUUACGGUGUGUGUUUGCCUCCUUGUGUCGGAUGUGUGAUGCAGUGUGAUAGAAGAGAGUCCAGGAGUGGCUGGUAAGGACAGGGUCAGGAGGUGGAGUGGUGGACAUGGAGAGCGUGGAGCUGACUGUCAUGGACGACAUUCACAUCCCCAGACUCACCACAGGUAGUGAGACGGGCCGCUGAGGACAAUGCCAACAACAGCAACUCUAGUGACGAGGAUGACAGCUCGGGCUC